UCUUCACCGCCUCCUCUGCACCCACACGGAGUUCCUCGCAUCUCUUCUGCGCAGCCCCCGCAAGCCUCGCCGCACCUCCGCGGCCCUCGCCCACAGCACCACCACACCCACACGUCACUCCCACAGACACCACCACAUGCAGAUGCCGCACUUGACGCAGCUGAACACACCGCAGGCGACAAGAGCAAAGGGGGUGAAAUGGAGGGGAAGCACCGCAGCUGCACAUCGUCCCAGCCGCACAGGGGGCCCUGCACUGCUGUGCCGCUCAACGCCACUCACUCGUUCACUCACCUUAGCCGCACCAUCACAGCGCCCCUAAGCCAGCGGUGGCGGCACGCAGUCACUUCCACGAGCGCAGCAGCACUGCCUACACAGCAGCAGAGAGAGAGAGGAGAGAGACACCGAUGCGGAGCAGUGCACACACAGCAGGCACAGCAGCAGCAAGACUCCUCGACACUCUUCCACUCUCAGAUGUUCACAACAACCCCCAGCACCCCCAAAUAA